AUGGCAGUCCUAAGCCAGUUAUAUUGUGGCAUUCUCAUCUUGCAAAUAUACGUCAAUGCUGCCCCAAGUGACGUAGGCAAGCUAGAAGAAAUCGCCACCGUUAAGGUAGCUGGUGAAAAGCUUGAUCCCAUAAAAGAAGUUGGAGAUAAUGCAAGUUCUAUAGAAAAUGUCCGUGAAAAACGUUAUUACAAUCCCUAUGGAUUUCCUCCUAUAAAUCCACUAGUAUACCCCGGGUUUACUAAAAGAGAUGAUUAUGGAAAUGUUGGAAACUAUGGUAUAGAAGAUCCCUUAGAACAAAUUCAUAGACAUGUACAGGAAAUAGCCAACUUUGUGAGACAACCACAACCCCCAAGGAUACCGCACGUACCAAUAUUUUACCCAGUACUAUUUGUACCCCCGUUUGACUGCAACUGUAAUCCAAAUAAUUAUCAACCCAUUGAUCAACCAACGGAUCAAUCUACCGAUGGACCAAUUGAUCGCCCAACUGAACCAUCAACUGACACACCAGGUGGUCAAACAAAUUAUCCGGUGACCCCUAACGAAGAAUCACCCGAGAAAACUAAUUUAACGAAUCGCUUUUCAGAAAUGGAUGACGAAAGACGAAAUUGGGGAUUUUUCAUCAACAGAACGGGCGAAAAAAGAACGCCAAACCAAGAAUUCAGCCGACCAAUUUCUUUUGAUCCUAUCAGACUAAAUCAGCCAACUUCAAGGCCCUCACCUCCUGUUGAACAUGGAACACUUCAAAGUGAUGUCACUGGUAAUCAAGAAACUUCUAGUCCACAAAACGACCGUUCUUCUCCACCUCCGAACCUUCCACCUUCGACUACUCGUUCUCCCCCACCUUCAACAGUUCGUCCUACCUUUGGACAAUUUAAUCCCAUGCGACCACCACCAUCAAGACCACAAAAUGGAUAUCCUCUUGCAGCUCCAACAGCUUGUGACGCAGCCAUCAUAGCAUGCUGUCAUCGACCCCUGGUUGCUUAUGAUUGUUUCGCUAUCCAAGGUUGCCCAAACAUUACCUCCUAUGGAAAUCCUUGUGAUACUAAUUCAAUUCUGAGAAUCAUUGAAAGGCUCCAGAGGUUUUACGCUAGCAGAAGUGGAUGA